AUGUUACGGACUGCGUGGGCUGUAGGUCAGUCGUUGGCGCCUUGGUUUUGUUUGUGUCGUGCGUUUGGUUGGUUGUUCGUCGUGGCCAUGUGCCUGUGUCUUUUCUCUCCAAUUAAAUCUGGGUUAGGAAGGGUUUGUGGGUAUUUGAUGGUUUAUUCUCGAUUUCGUCAUCUAGUACAGAAUGGAGUAGCGGCUGCGUCUGCGGUCAAUACUUUCUACUUCGCGUAGUAACCCUGGACUUCAUCACCACGUGGUCCCGUUGUAUUAAGUGCGUCACAGCGGCGCCAAUUCGUUGCCACUUCGUUGGCCCGAUAAGGUGUUUGGCAAGGCGCAGUACUAGCUCUGUUUAUGAUGGCUAGGGCAGCUUCUAGCGUUCUACAUUACAUAACGCCAGGGGGGUUACUUAUCCUUGUACUAGAGCAUCAAAAUAUAAAUAGUGUCCGUCGUCCACUAUUCCGGGUUCGAUGUUGUUGUAGGUGGGGAGUAGCCUGGCCAUUGAGCUGCAGGUUUUGACAAGAGGAGAGUCGUAGUUGUACCACUACGAAAACAAACCCAAAGGGACAACUGGGAAUCAAAAAACUGGAUUUGUCUUGGUACCUCUGUUAAGUGAGUAUGGAUGUAAGCUUUUGGGUCUCCGUUCGAAUUCUCGCGGAGGCGCUAUGAGUGAGUGAGUGGGUGGGAGCUAGACUUCUUUCGCAAGGCAUGAAAAUUCGCAAGCAUGGCUACUCGCUAGGCACGACAAUGCUUAUGCGUCGUGGCUAGUAUUAACUGAGACGCACCGUCAAGUAUUGACUGGGGCGUGGCUAGUAUUCACUGUAGCCUGCCGUGUCGUUCUAGUAUGUAUACCAUUGGAGCUUUAAUAGCAGGGUUUCUUUCUAGCGAGAGAUCUACUAGACACUAUUAGAGCAAAAUACUUGUUGAUGCAGGAGUUGACGCUGAUAUGGUUAUGGUAGGUUCACUGUCUCUUUAAUAUAUAAUUAUUGCUUGUAAUAUGCAUCAACCAUCAAUUAUUAGAAUUAUUAGUCAAGAACAAUUACAAUACGAAAGAAUUAUGGAAUCGCGAUUCAUAAUGGACGGUGUCUGUGUGAGGAUUUAUCUGUCGUGUCUGUCAUGACCUAAUCCUAAAGUAAGAUGAACUUCUCUUGCUUCAACAGCUCCACAGAAUAAAGUUCAUUUCAGGAGGACCACGAUUGGAGGAGGGACCGUUCCGUCGUGUCUAGUUCCUUUACAAGACAAACGAGGAUGCUCUUGUUCGAUUCAUUAUUUCCAUUGUUAUUGUUCAAUAAAUUACAAUGAAUUACUACAGUAAUAGUGGUGAUGUUCCAUGUCAAGAAUUGAUAGGUUCGUUGUAUUAGUUUGAUACGUAGUAGUAGUAGUUGUUGCUAUACCGUUAAUGAGGACUCAUAUUGUUCCUCAUGUCGUACUUUCUUUGAUACUUCUCCUAUCCUUGUUCCUUGCAUCUUGAAGAGGAUCUAUUUCGAACUUCCUUCCUUCCGAAGAGCCGUGUAGAAGUAGAUCUUGCCAUAGACUAGCAAACCACGACGUUUGGUCGUGUAGACUAAGAUGUCUCGGCUUAUGAUCCUGUGACGUUACUAACUGAUGUCGUGUGGCGCAGCUCCGCGCCGGUCACGGACAGACACAAAAACGCGGGUCGUAGCUGUGGCGGUGGAGGCAGUGAGGCUGAGUAAGUGCAGGAGGAAAGUCGUGCGGAGGUGCAUCAUCACGACUGAAGGCUCGGAGGAGCCACCCAGUGUAGUAUCUAGAUUCUCGUUGGCUUGAACAACAGGAAGUUGAUCUAUCAUGAGCAGUUAUGAUCAUACGAAAAGUAUUCCUGCACAUUUGCAACUACGCUUUUUCUUGAGUGUUAUUCACUUGUUGCUGUUGAGGAUCAACAAGGAGAUGCACAACGCGGAGGGGGCGAGCAAGUAGACCCGGGUGGUACAUUGGCUCUUUUAGUCAAACUCAAAAUACUAAUCAACCUACUUCUUCACCUGCUUCUUGAGUAUAUUGAAAAAGAUUCUUUAAAGAACUACCAACACGGAUAAUGCUCGUCGUCGUCGUGUUGAAGUACUAACUUCAAAAUUUAUAUUCCUUCUAAUAUGUUGACGCGAAGAUUGACGACGUUGCCCCUUUGACAUUGUGUUUUCUGAGCUUUGUUUUUUCCGAGAACGGGCUACAUUUGCAUCAUUGUCUACAUAGAUAGUACUACAGUCUACUUCUCUUCAUUGUUGUUCAUGUGUAUUUGUAUUUAUGAUUUUGUUGAAUCAAUUGAAGAUUCGCAUCAAGUGAAUUGAUAAUUGAUUCAACGAUUUUCUUCUUAUUGUCUGUCUUCACGACGACGGCAUGUUGAAAAAUAUUGUGAUAUUACCAUGACAUCGAAUCAUGUUCAUGUUGUACAUUUUUAUCCAUUUCAUUUACGCGAAAUCAAAAAACCUCCAGCUGUGACGACUUGUUGGAAAAUUGAUCUCUCAUCGAAAUAUGAAUCAUCGAUGGAGGAUUGGUCCUCGCAGUUUGUUGUCGCACUUUGCAUGCUUGUGCUCUCCUGAGGAUCAUUCACC